GGCCCCCAGCUCCACCAUGAAAGGUUAUGUAAUGAGUUUUUAGUAGAGUUUCCUGGUUGUCAAGAGCCUGACUCGACUCAUAUUGCCGCUUAGGACAGGGAUGAGCUAGCCUACUGCCACUCACUCAUCCUGUCAAUCGGUUAGUAGGGGAAAAAACUCUUCAGAUAAACCGGUAACGCCAAAGACCCAAAAGUAGAACAAGAAGCCAGGUUCUGCCUUACAGCUUGUAGGCAAAGACUUUUCUCACUCGAGGAAGUGAGUUAGUGAGUUUUCAGAGCAGACGGCAGUAGUCAGGCCACCUGUUCCCCCAGCCUCAGAGACCGGUAACAGAGAGAUUGAGCAAGACGACACAGAGAAGCGGGGAGUAGCAGCAUCACCACCACACACCCUCUACAAGCUUUUGGGACACUCCACACACCCCUCACGGAGAUUCUAAGCAUGCUGCUGCUGGAGGAGUCGGAGACCUUUGCAGACCAGCCUCAUACCGCUCCCUUCAGCUCGGGGAAUGAAGCACAGGGAGGGGACCCUGCGGGAUGGCAGUGCACCCCCCCAUCUACCUCAGCCUCGGGGGAGACGCCGUCCCACCCCUCAACACAGCCCCACUCUCGACCUUCCUCGCGGCCUGAGAACCAAAUCCCCUCGCAGUCCCUGAGUGGAACCAAGAAGAGGUCCCACUCCAACAAACCUGCACACAUGAGGAGGAACAUCAGAAAGCUACUGAGGGAGCAGCAGUUGGAGGCGGUGACCAAAGCUGCCCAGCAGGAGGAGCUGGAGAGGCGGCAGAGGCUGGAACAGCAGAGGAAGGAAGGGCACGACCCUGUGGUCCUGCUACCUGAGUACACACCAGAACAUCUGUCUCAGAGUGUGUCUGCUAGCGUGGCCAAAAAGGAUUGUGUGAUCUGCCUGGACACCAGUAACAGCAGCACUAACGUCAGAGAAGACGACUCCAAAGCUAUGGUCCCAGAAUCACACACCCCCAAAGAAGAUGUGAUCGAGCUGAGCUCCGGCGAGGACGACUCCCUACAGGUCAGCAGCGAGUCCACCAAUGAGGAGGAGGAGCGGUCGGAGGAGCGGUCGGAGGAGGCCAGCGGCACCCACGUCAACGAUGCUGUGAACCAACCGGACGCCCUGGGGCGUGUCUUGGUCAACCUGAACCACCCUGCUGAGGAGGUAGACCUGUUCCUCUCCCCUCAACUGGCCCGUGCCGUCAAACCUCACCAGAUCGGUGGGGUCCGGUUCCUGUAUGAUAACCUGGUGGAGUCUCUGGAGAGGUCUAAGCGCAGCAGUGGCUUCGGCUGUAUCCUUGCCCACAGCAUGGGCCUGGGCAAGACCUUGCAGGUCAUCUCUUUUAUAGACAUCCUGCUUAAACACACGCAGGCCCACACCGUGCUCGCCAUCGUUCCUGUCAACACGUUACAGAACUGGCUGGCUGAGUUUAACCUCUGGGUCCCUUCCUCUGAGGCGUUACCCGCAGACAUCAACCCCGCACACUUCUCCCCGCGCAUCUUCAAGGUCCACAUCCUGAAUGACGAGCACAAAACCACGGCCAGCAGAGCGAAGGUGAUCUCUGACUGGUCGCUGGAUGGCGGCGUGCUCCUGAUGGGAUAUGAGAUGUACCGCCUGUUGUCCCUGAAGAAGAGCUUUGUGGCGGGCCGGAAAAAUAAGUCCAAGAAGCACCAAGGACCAGUGGUCAUUGACCUGGACGAAGAGAACCUGCAGCAGGAGCUCCUCAAAGACAUAGAGAAGGCCCUGUCUCGCCCAGGCCCGGACGUGGUGAUCUGUGACGAGGGCCACCGCAUUAAGAACUGCCACGCCAGCACCUCGCAGGCCCUGAAGAAUAUCCGUACCCGGAGACGUGUGGUCCUCACGGGAUACCCACUCCAGAACAACCUGAUAGAGUACUGGUGCAUGGUGGACUUUGUCAGGCCUGAUUUCCUGGGCACCAGGCAGGAGUUCAGUAACAUGUUUGAGAGGCCCAUUCUGAACGGGCAGUGUGUGGACAGUACGCCUCAGGACGUCCGGUUGAUGAGAUACCGAAGUCAUGUCCUCCAUAGCCUGCUGGAGGGCUUCGUCCAGAGGCGUGGCCAUAACGUGCUGAGAGACCAGCUCCCCUCCAAGGACGAGCAUGUGAUCAUGGUGCGCCUGUCGCCCCUGCAGAGGGCCCUCUACACAGAGUUUAUGAACCGCUUCAGAGAGGCAGGCAACAGCGGCUGGCUCAGCCUCAACCCACUCAAGGCCUUCUGUGCCUGCUGCAAGAUCUGGAACCACCCAGACGUGCUGUACGAGGCGCUGCAGAAGGAGAAUCUGGCCAAUGAGCAGGACCUGGACCUGGAUGACAUCACCAACGGCCACGCCCGCUGCCCAGCCCCCUACCAGAAGGGCAAGACCCCGGAGGACCCCAACAGCAUCGGAGGGCUGAGUCUCAACGCUCUGCAGGAGAAGGCCAACCAGGUCAUCACCUACGAAUGGGCGAAGGAGAUCAUGUCUGACUAUAAACCCGGGCUCUUGGAGAACUCUGCUAAGAUGGUCCUGCUGUUCCACCUGAUCGACGAGAGUGUGAGGAAGGGAGACAAGAUCCUGGUGUUCAGUCAGAGUUUGUCCACCCUGUCAGUCAUCGAGGAGUUCCUGGCCAAGAGGCCCAUACUGGCGGGCAGCGCCAGAGAGGGCUAUAAUCAAAACUGGGUCCGCAACCACAACUACUACAGACUGGAUGGGAGCACAUCUGCUUCAGAGAGAGAGAGGCUCAUCAACCAGUUCAACGACCCGUCCAACACCUCCGCCUUGAUCUUUCUGUUGUCCACCAGGGCUGGCUGUCUGGGGGUGAACCUGAUCGGGGCUAACCGUGUGGUGGUGUUCGAUGCCUCCUGGAACCCCUGUCACGACGCCCAGGCCGUAUGUCGGGUGUACCGCUACGGCCAGAAGAAACCCUGCCAUAUCUACCGCCUCGUCUGUGACUUCACCUUGGAGAAGAAGAUCUACGACCGACAGAUCUCCAAGCAGGGCAUGUCCGACCGAGUGGUGGAUGACCUGAACCCGGUGCUGUCGUUCACGCGAAGGGAGGUGGAGUCUCUGCUGCACUUCGUGGAAGAGGAGCCUGACGUGUCACAGGUGCAACUACAGCCCCACCAAGAGAUAGAGGCGGGCAUCAGACAGGCCUGCCAGCUCUACCCUCACCUUGUCACCAAGCAACCCUUUCACCACGAGUCUCUCCUGAUGGAGCGACAGGAGAUGAAACUCACCAAAGCGGAGAAGAAGGCCGCCAAGAAGAGCUACGAGGAUGAGAAGCGUGCGUCGGUGCCCUACACGCGCCCCUCUUAUGCCCACUAUUACCCCGCCAGCGACCAGAGCCUCACAAAUAUCCCUGCCUUCAGCCAGCGCAACUGGCGCCCACCCCCCCGACAAGAUGAGAAGCCGGUGGCCAGUGUCUGCCCAGUUCAGUCGACUCCAAUUCCCACGAUGCCUCGCCAGGCGUCUCACAGCUCUGCCCCCACAGCAGACACCGAGUCCAGCUCGGGCUUUCCCGUCAACUACCUGCAAAAGGCGGGCGUAUUCGUCCAGAAGAUCGUCACCACCACAGAUAUCGUGAUACCUGAAACCAACAGUUCAACUGAUGUUAAGGCCAGAAUCAGUGCAGGAGAGAGCAUCCACGUCAUCAGAGGAACGAAAGGGACCUACAUCAGGACUUGUGAUGGGAGGAUAUUUGCCAUCCGCACUGCAAGCAAGCCCAAGGCAGGGGAAGAGAACUCAGCUGCUGCACCCAAAGACACCCAGAAGGUAUCGGAGGAGGCCUCCGCCAAUGGCUGUGUGACUCGCCUGCUCUCCCCCGACAGCCCCGAAAUCCUGAGUGAACUCCAGAGGUACGAGGCUGCAACCAGAACCAAGGCCCAGCAUCAGCAGAGCUCCAAGGCUUCGUCUGCAGGUGCAGCGGCUCCACAGGAGAAGGCGCCGGCAGAGAGCAACAAUGGCAGCAGCAUGACUAGCCAUGCCAAGCCCUGGAGCGAUGCCUCUGCCCCGGCCAAGCCCAGCACAGAUGCCAUUGCUGCCCUGGACCUGAGGGGCACCAAGCGCAAGGCCUCCACCCUGUCCAACGUCGAAUGGGCCAUCAAAAAGCAACCGGCCCCUAGCAAGCGCACCUCGGCCCAGUUGCCCCCCCAGGCUUUUCCCUUCGCGGCGGGCUAUGACCUCCCACCCAUGGGCCUCAACCCAGCCAUGCUGGGCUCCAUGGGGCACCCCAUAUUCAUGGAGGCCGGCUUGCCCUACUUCCAGUCCCACAGCCAGCAGGGUGACCACCGUCUCAUGUUCCCCAUGACUCCCGACCCCUUCGGCUUGGGGGGCGGCACCCUACCUAGAUCCUCCUCCACCAUCACCUCCUCGGCUGCCCCUGACUCGGCCUCCCUAGCUCCUUUCAUGCUGGGUGCUGGUAUGGCUGGUAUGCUGCCCCCAGGUUUCCCCAUGUCCUACAGCCAGUCCCUGUGCAUGUAUCCUAACUUGCUGCACCCCGGGGAGCUACCGGCCGCCACCCCAGGCCCCGCUGGCUCCAGCUUCUUCUCCCACUUCCCCUCCUCCUCUGGCCUGAUAGGGACAGGGCUGGGUCGCUCUGAUGCCCACGGCUCGGCAGAGAACGCCGGUGGAAGCAGCUCAGACAGCAACAACGACGAUGAAGAUGAUGAUGUCAUUGAGGUGAUGGGACAAUGAGAGCCUCCAACCGUAGGAAAGAGGCAUGUGGGUUGUAGGGGACAGUUAGUGGAGUUGCUGGGGCUAGGAAAGCUGAAGAGAAAGGGAAGGGACAACCAAGCCCACCUCCUCCACUAGACCUAUUCCCCAUCCUAAAUGCAACAUGCACACCUUUCAGAAAACGAGAAUCUGUGUUGGAAUAUAACAGACUGGACAAAGCACCAAAUCCUUAUGCUGAAUAUCUUAUUUAAACAUUUAAAAAAAGGCACAUCUAAACUUAUGUGAGGAAGAAAAAUGAACUUGGGGCUUCCAAAAUGUUGUCCUGUACUGGCUUUUGCAAAUCACUGAAGCAAGAGACUGCUGGGUUUGGACCUGCAAAUCACUUCUUUGUCUUCUAUUAAAAAACAAAUUCCCAGCGGUUGAUGACAGACUAGGUUAAUAACUAACUGACAAUAGAUUUUAUAUACGUAGUUGGUAGUAAUUAUUGUAUGGCGCAAAAUAUCAGUUACAUGAUAUUGUUCUUCAUUGUCAUUAUAUGCUACUGAAUAUUAUUUUAUAUAGUAGUCGUGCUCUAAACAUGUCACAACUGUUUUCAAAAUCGAUUUGAUUUGCCCUUGAAUUUACUGCGUUUCGUUUUUCAGAAAAUUGACUACUUGAGACUCAAUUCAAAGAAACAAUUAGGCUCUUUGUUGGGUGAAAAAUUCAGUCAAAAACCUUAAACUCAAAGAAUGUACGCUUAUUUAUGACUUUAAUGCAGACCUUGGGGACAGGCAUCACACUUGUAAAGAUCUGAUUUCGAUUUUUGAUAUGUCAUCUAUAUUUUUCAAAUGUACACAUCGUCUACAGGCGACGAUGUAAAAACUGUGAUCUUGCUAAACUCCAACUGUCCGAAGGGAGCUGAAUUGAAAAUGCCUUGCCUCUGUCUCUCUGAAUGUUACCUAGUGGGAGUAGAGAAACAGCGAGACGGGCAGUCCUAGGACCUGGAUCUCACCCAUAGUCUUACUGUAGCUUUGCUAAGUGAUGCAAAUAUAACCCAUGAACCCUCUGGUGGUCAGGUGGGUCACCAGUCUACUUCUCUGUCUGUUUCUGCAUUGUGUACCCAAGGGUUCUAGAGUAGAGAACUUCUGUCAUAAUGACUCACUCUGCCUUGUGGAUAGCAUGAACACUCGUUUUCAGUUCCUUUUUCUCAUCUUUGGCGUAUGUGAUUUCAACUGAAAAACAAAGAGAUCAUUGUCAAACCAAAAUCAUUUGAGAGGAGUCAAAAAUAGCUGUGCCAAAAAAAGUACAACAAGUUCAACAAUGAUCCUCUCCAGAGAGGAGAUCUCUCCAGAGAUAUCUGAAGCAACCAAACGUCACCGUCAACUGCUAUUGGCCUAGAGAAGAGGGUUUCUUUCCCUAAUUUGGUCACAGUUUUGUCAUUAUAGACUUAGUGAGCUCAUUGUAAAGAUGAUGCUGGCUUAAGACUUCACUGUGUAACAAAGUACCGGGACAUUGAUUUAGAGAGGGGGGGGGUCUGUGACCUGGUUCUGUUUAAUAAACAACAGAACUUUUCCUUUCUGUUACUGCUGACUGUUAUUACCCCCCACAUUACAUACGUUGGCCGCCUACAGUCUCAUGCCGCAUUUACGUGCUAGUCGGAACUAGGAAGCUCGGGAAUGUCCAACUUGCUAACUGGUUGAACGCGGCAUGUGUAUAACUACAACCAAUUAGCAAGUCGGGAAAUGUCUGACUUUCCGACUAGCAUGUGAACGCGGCAACUACCCAACACUUUGGGAAGAGGGAAGCCCAGCCCACCACCAAGUCCCUAGCCUUGAGUCUCUUCAGCAAGAGCUUUAAACUCCAGUUAUUGAGUUUAUUAUGAGACCCUUACAUCAUCAGACUUGUUCAUCUUUUCAUACCAUACUUAAGGUGUUAAUUGACCUGUUAUUUCUAUUUUUUUAUGUACCACUUUUAUUUAUGACAGUGCAUAUUUAUUCAUUCCUUUUUUUGUUCUGUUUUUGUAAGGGAAAUGUUUUAUGUUCGUUUACUAGAACACGUUGAUUCUUGUUACAUGACUUGAGAAAUGCUAUAUACGUCUGAAUAGACGUCUGACCCAUAAGUGUGUGAAUUUCAGGACCAGCCAGUCAAGGUGGUCGAACCACUCAUUAGCAGAUAGAAAAUGUAAUCCAGUGAUUUUAUUUAUGUUCAUAUCAUCCAGAUGUUCAUGUGAAUCUAUCUAUCCUAAUUGCAAAUGAAAGGUAGUUCUCUCAGUAUUCAUUCAUCUUAAGUUGUUGAACCAACUGUUUUUUUCCCAUAGAUUUCUACAUGAAUGUAAUUAUUUAUUUAUAAAUCAAUUCAGUCGGCGACCAGCUGACUCUCUUAAUUCCAGUUAUUAAAGUCAAGAUGCUGUCUUGAGGAGAAUGGCUGGAAGAGCCUGUAUGUAGUUAGUGAAUGGCUGGAAGAGCCUGUAUGUAGUUAGUGAAUGGCUGGAAGAGCCUGUAUGUAGUUAGUGAAUGGACAUGUAACAAUGGAUGGCUUUUAGAUAAAGAACAUUUAGUUUCUAAAUAAAAUAAAAUCAUGUUUUGAAUGGAAUUUAAAUGUCAUUUACUUUGAUAACAGUUACUCUAAUGACACAGAUUCUCAAGCACUAGUUGAACAUAAGUAACUCUUUCACUAAACUGAUGUCCUUUUCAACUUGGGGGAAUAGACACUGUGUCUGAAACUGAGCAUAUAGUCUAGAGACGUCCAUCAGAUGACAUUACCUAAAAUCAGAUGAAGAGGGCAAGAUUGAGUAUAGCUCACUCAAUCUCCUGUCCUAGACGACAAUCCAUAGCAACAGGUUCAAACAAAACUGAUAUCGUUACACAGAGACUGGUGUACUGUUCUGUAUUUAGAAUGAAUUCAUAGUUGUCUAUUGCAUGCUUUUAGUGUUUGUAUUAGCUUUGGUGACAUGAGCUGUCUGCAAGCCGAUGAUUGCAUGUUUUGACUACGAAACUGAAAUGAUUUACAUAGACUUUACCAAUCAUAUCUUAAAGUAACUGUCCAGUGUUUCCAGAUUUCUGACAUAUUUAUUUUUAACCUUUAUGAAAAUAAGAAUUUGUUCUUAAUUAAAAUGUCGGCCUAGGAACAGUGUGUUAACUGCCUUGUUCAGGGGCAGAACAACAGAUUUUUACUUUGUCAGCUCGGGGAUUUGAUUUGGCAACCUUUCGGUUACUAGUCCAACACUCUUACCACUAGGCUACAUGCCACCCCCAUAUAUGACCUAUAUAGUUCAUUCAUAUUGCAUAGAAAUGACUUAUAAUUAACUACCAUAUUACUUCAUUACAAUUUUUUGGAAGGAUAAUUUAAGUAUGUUAAAAUCAGCUUUUCUAUGUUGGAAUGGUGUGGGCAAGUAGACUGCUGAUUGGCCAGCUCAUCCUCUACGAGGAAAUGGUUGUUUGUGAUACAAGUUUGAGGUGGUGUUUUUAAGUGGUUUUUGGCCACUGUAUGAGUUAACAGAAUAUGAACUUUUAAAUGUGAGAUUUUCACUGGACAGUUGCUUUAAUUACUUACAGGCCUUACAUUUCAUCAUUAGCUAUGCAAGCAGAGUCUGUUAAAUUGUAUUUAAAAACAAGUGCUUUUAUCUUCUCAUUAUGAUAACACUUAUUUGAAAAAUAAAUAAGAAUUGAAAUGGAUCCAACAUACAGUAUCUUAACAUGUAAAAGGAAUUCCAUGAUGUCUGCUUAUUCCAUGAAACUUGGCCAUAGUGGACUGGAUGUCACUUGACUUGUUUACCGCUCUUUGGUGUUGCAGCUCUGUGUUGCCCUCUGAUCUAUACUGUAAUGUUUUAAUGCCUUGGGGAAUGGUAGGUGCAGGCAGAGAUCUGGGAAUAUCUAUGAUACACUGCCCUGGUUCCUUGGCUGAGUUUGGGUCUUCUUACAUGUCCUAGUAGCUUGGAUAUUCAUGUUUAAAUGUUUGAAGGCUUUCAGCGUUUGAGUUGUCUGCCCUUGGCCUUUACAUAAGUCAAGCAUUCACAUGUAUUUGGUUCAGUCAAAUUGUCCCCCUCGCCAUCAUUGCACAUUCAUGAUUUAACCGCACUGUACCAGUGGUUUGUCUUUGAUUCUGGAGAAGCAGAGCUGUUAUUCUGAGAGAAUUGGAUCAAUAUGCAAAAAGUUGACAAUGACAUUUGAAACACACAUCAGAGCAGUACAGUUGUGUCCAGCGUGUGGCUAGUACUCUUUUUCUCCAUAAGCACAAUUCCACUGAGGCAUCCCAGAUCCUUGCAUGUCUCAUCUGGGUCUUUUAGUCUCAUGUUUUCAGCACUGUGAGUGGACAAGGUGAUUUUAAUAGUGUUUAUUUUUCACAUGAUUGUGUUGUUUAAGGGUGUGUACAUUCGUAUGGAUGUCUUCACAGAGGACAGUUUCCAGUUUGUUUCAAGUUUUAUUAGUCGUAUUAACGGGACACGUAUACUUCGUCCACAAAAUGCUUACUUGCAUACGCACCAUUGUUCUUAGCUAGUCAAAGGUCACUCACUUGGGCUUCUGUGGUAGCCAACCAUUACCCACUUUGCAUUUUCUGCCAGUGAGCUAUUAACGUUAUCUUAGUUUGAUUUCCAAUGGUGGAAAAAGUACCCAAUGGUUAUACUUGAGUAAAAGUAAUAGAAAGUUACUCAAGUAAAAGUUAGUCACCCAGUAAAAUACUACUUGAUUAAAAAUCUAAAAGUAUUUGUUUUUAAAUAUACUUAAGUAUCAAAAGUAAAUGUAAUUGCUAAAAUAUACUUAAGUAUUAAAAGUAGUGAAAAUAUAUAUAUAUUUUUUGUUGAGAUAGCCAGGGGCACACUCAGACAUUAUUUACAAAUUAUGCAUGUCUGUUUAGUGAGUCCGCCAGACCAGAGGCAGUAGGGAUGACCGUGUGUUCUCUUGAUAAGUGUGUGAAUUUCACAAUUUUCCUGUCCUGCUAAGAGUUCAAAAUUAAAUAAGUACUUUUGGUUGUCAUGGAAAAUAUAUGGAAUACAAAGUACAAUACUUUCUUUAGGAAUGUAGUGAAGUAAAAGUAGUCAAAAAUAUAAAUAGUAAAGUACAGAUACGCCUAAAAACUACUUAUGUAGUACUUUAAAGUAUUUUUACUCAAGUACUUUACGUCACUGUUGAUUUCAGAUCAGAUUUUGCCAGUGCUCCGUCUGUGGUGUUUGAUUUUUGUAGCAUUCUGAUGUCAGGGUUUUGUCUUUUUUUAAGUCUUGAGAAAUGUGAAUUAUUUUUUAUUGUGGAAAUUAAUUACUGAAUAAAAUGUAUGUGUAUGUG